AUGACCACCAUCACCACCGAACGAAGCCCAGUGCUCCUGAGAGCCACGAGCAUGACGGGGGGUAGCCCCCGGCUGUCCCUGAAGCGCGAAAUAUCUCCUCCAUCAGCUGUCGACUCCCAGCUGUUGAACCACAUAUGUGACCGAUUAAAUCAACUGGAUACCACUAUCCAUGAGCUUCGAUCGUCCGUCCUUACCAAGGAAUCGUAUGCCGACAGACGCAAUAGAGAAGAUGAGUUCCUUCGACGAGAGUUUGAUAACCAGCGUGUCCGUAUCGACACUGUUGGCGGCAAAACUCGAUCGGAUCUGAACCAGGUCAAGACAGAUAUCUCUCAACUUGUUACCGAAAUCGUCCAGCUCCGAUCAAACUUCAACCAACUCUCUUCCAAAGAUGGUUACCGGGACUCUGACCUUUCUCGCCUUCAUGAUCACCUCGACCAGCUUCAUCUUGACGUUCAGCGUAUGCAUUCAGAUUUAUGCUUGACCAGAACGGAUCUCAGCCAAGAACAAUCUAUCGUCAGCCAACUAAGACUCGAUGUCCUUACUCUCCAACGUGAAGCUCGCCAGCAGUUUGGGGAUAUGAUAUCUCGUUUUGACGUUCUGGACUCCAGGAUGAAGCAUAUGGACCGCAUUCGAUUCAACUCGCUCGCAAUCACAGCUCAUGCUCCCAUCACUCCCGUGCCUGUCAUCGACGUUGACGGCUCCAUCAGGUUUCCCAGCUACUUCCCUCGAACAGUCUGGAAUUUUUGGUGCUUGAAGAAAAUGAAUAGGGCACAUCGUCUUGUUGAACUCGCUGAGUUCUACCAGCUUGAAGGUUAUCAAUACUGGAGUCGCAUGGCGAAUCCUCAAGAGUCGACCUUUGCAACGGACGGGUAUAUGAGUGAUGAUAGUGACUCUAGCGAGUUGCCAUCUGAUAUCACUCGAUCCGAGGCUGCUCGUCUAUAUCCAGAAGCUUGCCACCAAGCUCUCGCAGCCACCUUGGGUCUCGUAUACUAUAAGAUCCGCAAUGAGAUGGGUGAAGGCCGUCAUUCUCACCUCAUGCCUGCUCAUGCUGCUGCUCCCAAACGCACCCAGGAGGAAAUUGUAUCUCCACAAUCCUCUCCCAGACGCCGAAAGGUAGCUCGUCGUUCGCAAGACAUUGCAUCGCCAACAGGAAGCGCCCUUCCUCACAAGAUCAUCACCAAUUUCAUGACUGCUCCAGCCGGUGAUGCCAAGUCUAUUGUGUCCGAGGGACUCGACAAGCUCGUCUGGAACGUCGAACAGACCCAGAUCUCAGAAGAGACGAUGUCUAAGUUCUCAGACUUCGUCAGGGAUGAGCCUAACGCUCUGUUGCUCCUUCAAGCCCUCGAGCGUGGCCGUAUCAAGUUGCAGCCUAGCCAUAUGGAGCGAGCCCGCGUCUCUCCUACCGAGACGUCUUCCAAACGAAGCUUCAGGUCUGCAAAGCGUGGUCUGCACGAGUCUGGCUUGGGUGAGGCAAAGAGUGAUGACUUUCCCAGCGAGAUGAACACCGUGCCAACCGAGAUCAUGUCUCCACAUUCUGCCUCCCGGUCCGAAGCUGAGCAAGAAGAUGAGGACGAGGCUCCCCCUUCAUCCUCUCCCCCUGAAGCUAAGGAAUAG